ACAAACAUAGGUUUAAGGUUGUUGCCCAGAUAUGAUAUGCCAUCGCCCAUGGCGGACCCAUGGCGGCAUCUCAAGCACAGGUGACUUCACUCACAUAGAAACAAGACAAAGGAAAAGGACGAAAGGUCUAAUCUCUACCGCCCAAAUCUCCCGCCUCGCAGAAUAGAAAUGGGUUCCAAGCUAAUAGCGAUGGCCUUCAAGCUACCACCCCGCGCAGCCCCUUGCGGCUCAAAUACAGUGCCCAUUAUGUGGCCGCUUAUUCCGAACCGGUCGAAGCGCACACGGCGCGCUGCCGUGGUUUUUGCCGCGAUGCUGCUGUUGUGGAGUUCAUUGUGCUUCAUUAAUGUGUCGCCCAGUGUGGCAGGAACAGUUCGUCUUCCCAACGAGGCGUUGCAGCAAGGGGUGUGGAAAGCCAUUGCCCUUUUCAACGCGGCAUGCUGGGGAUCCUCCUAUGUCUCUUCACAGGCUGGGAUUGAUGCCCUAAACACUGCAGGCGUAGAGGAUGCUGCCAUGGUCUUCGGCGCUUGUCGAUUUCUCUUGGCCGCGCUGCCCAUGCUACCCUGGAUCUUGAAGUCCAGCUGUCCUGAAAGUGCCAGAGGCAGCGCGCUGGUGGGGACCCUGAGCGCGAUUGCCUACGCGGCGGUCUUCGCGUCGCUGGCGCAUGGGACCUCCGGAGCUAAAGCGGCCUUCAUCAUGGCCCUGCAGACCAUUAUUGUGGCCUUUUGCAGUUCCAUUUGCGCAAAACGUCUUCAGCUUGGCAGCGUGGCAUCGGCCAUGCUCGCGAUCUGCGGUGUGGGCUUCCUGGAGCUUGGUGGCGGACCUGCCGAGGCCGCUGGUGACACAACCGCUGACCUCUCGAGCGACAUGCUCUGUAUGGCGGCGCCACUGCUGAUGGGGCUCAGUUGGCAUCUACUGGGGGAGCACAUGAGGAGUUUCCCACAGGACGCUACCCCAGCCGUGGCCAUUCAGCUGGCGUGCUUCGCACUGUUGUUUGCCGCGUGGAGCUGUGGCGAACACCUGAUGUCCCACGGUGCCGAGGGCCUCGCACUCUGGAUCCAGGACGUCCCGAAGUUGCUGGAAGUGCCAAAUCUUUUGCCUGCCCUGGUCUUUUCGGCCUUCAUGGGAAACACAGUGACCUUUCUGCUUUGCAACUGCGCCAUGCGCAAGUUGAAGGCUGCUGAGGUGUCGCUGCUCUCGGCAUCAGAGCCGCUCUGGGCAGCACUCUGCGCCGCGCUGCUGCUGCACCAGUCGCUGGCGCCGUCGGAGCUCCUGGGAGGUGCCUUGGUGGUGGCGGCCAUCGUUGGGGCCGAGCUUUGGAGUGAAGAUGAGAACAUGCCAGAUGCUAAAGCGACGCCGUGCGGCUGCUCUCUGAGAGGAAUCGAAAAAAACUUCCAAACAUCGCCGCUGGAAGCGUAACGUUUGAUGAAGCUCUGUCAUUAAACAAACCUAUUACUAUUAGGUUGGAGGCCAUCGCUAUUAGAAACAAGGAAC